UUAUGGGGUGCUAAUGUAAUUAUUGGAUUUUCAGGGAAAGUGUUGAUCUAUUGGUUAGGCACAGAGCCAUUUCUUUACAUAGCAGAUCCAGAAUUUCUGAAGCAGAUGUCUUCAGACAUAAAAGGUAAAAGCUGGGGCAAACCCACUGUUUUCAAGAAUGACAGAGAGCCCAUGUUUGGCAAUGGUCUCGUUAUGGUCGAAGGCGAAGACUGGGUUCGUCAUCGCCACGUCAUCACUCCCGCCUUUUCCCCUGCCAACUUAAAGGCUAUGUCGAGCCUAAUGGUGGAUUCCGCGACGAAAAUGCUCGACAGGUGGGCCCUACUAAUAAACUCCGGAAAGCCGGAAAUCGACGCGGAGAGCGAAAUAAUCGGGACGGCGGGAGAAAUAAUAGCGAAAACGAGCUUCGGCAUAAGCUACGAAAACGGAAGGAAAGUGUUCGAAAAACUACGGGACCUCCAAAUGGCGCUCUUCAGAACCAACCGCUACGUAGGUGUGCCCUACGGGAAGUUCUUGAACCCUAAAAAGAAUCUGAAAGCCAAAGCGCUCGGUGAAGAAGUCAACGAGCUCCUCCGCUCCAUAAUCGUCGAACGGAGCAACAAACAGAAAGAAACGGGUUCGCCGGAAAAGGACCUACUCGGGUUGCUACUGGCGGAAGAUGGGCGGAAAAAGAGGGCGUUGAGCACCAAGGAGCUGGUGGAUGAGUGCAAGACAUUUUUCUUUGGGGGACACGAAACGACAGCGUUGGCGCUGACGUGGACAUUGCUCCUACUGGCGGAGCACCCCGAGUGGCAGAGGGAGCUUAGGGAGGAGAUUAAGGAGGUUAUGGGAGGAGAAGGGCCGGACAAUUUUGAUGCAUCAAUGGUUGCUGGACUAAAGAAGAUGGGAUGGGUGAUGAAUGAAGUUUUACGAUUAUACCCUCCGGCACCGAACGUACAGAGGCAAGCAAGGCAAGACAUUCGAGUGGGGGAUACAGUAAUUCCAAACGGGACCAACAUGUGGAUCGACGUAGUGUCGAUGCACCACGACGAGAGCCUUUGGGGCAAAGACGUAAAUGAGUUCAAACCGGAGAGAUUCAAGGAAGAUGUAUUGUACGGAGGGUGCAAUCACAAGAUGGGUUACUUGCCAUUUGGAUUUGGAGGGAGAAUGUGUGUUGGUAGGAACUUGACAAACAUGGAGUACAAAAUUGUGCUAACCCUAAUCCUCUCUAGGUUUUCGUUUUCCCCAUCGCCUAAUUACUCUCAUGCCCCUUGCAUCAUGCUCUCCCUCAGGCCUAUGCAUGGCCUCCCUCUCAUUUUUAAACCUCUACAAUAA